CCCUAAGAAUUCAUUGAAUGAUAACAUUUCACAUUAAUAACUUAAAUUAGUCAUUUAAAAGAACUUUUCGACAGUCUUCUUAAACGUAAAUGGUCAAAAGUGCCAUCUGUUUAAAAAUUUACACAUCAUGAGAAAUGCGAGUAAGCCUAAGCCCUAAGUAAUAAGUAUAUUCUCCCUAGAUGGCACUACUCGUGUUUUAGAUACCAUAAAUAUUCAGAAUUAAACUAAAAAUUAAAACCUACAAUAUCAUAAUUAUUCUAAAUAAAAUCUUUACGUUACGAUAUUUUGAGGUAUUUAUUUAUAAAAUAGGUACCGUUGAUAUAAACUAAACAAGAAUUUCAAACAGAUUUAAUACUGCCAUCUAUGGAGUAUAAAAUUCAACGCGACGAAUAUAGUUUUUUGGGAUGUCAUUCUAAAACACUAGUUCACUGCUAGAUGGCCAAUCAUUCCUUUCGGAGCAGCGACUCGCGAGAUGUCACGUUCGUGCGCUUGACCGAGUUCAUUCCGCUUUGUUUUGCGGAGACGGGAGGACGUCGUGUCGCAGUCGCUCGCCGCUCACCGUUCGCCGUAUACAAUGUUUUCCUUGUUAAAUCUAUAUUUUGUGUGAAUACAACUUUCUUUUCCCAAGUUUCGUGUUAACUUUAAUAUAUCGCGUGCGCGUGUGUGACCGGUAAACAACUUUCCGAGUCGAAACUGUCUGGCGUCGAUGUCAAUAUACUUGUCGGUGGCAUUUAAUGGGAAAGGUGUGCCGCGUCGUGCCGAGACCUGUCGGGUGGGUGCUGGCUAGUAGCUCGGCGUUGCGAGUCGGGAGUUUAGCAGCUGGAAUGUUAGGAAGCGAGCCCCCCAAUGGCGACGUCUAGCCAUCCCUCGUGACACCAUGUAACAAAACGAAGACUGCAACCUGCCUUACAGAGUACAAGAAAGAUGCCACGGAGAUAUAUUUUUCAUAGACAUUUUUGAGUAUUUUUGGAAGAUUUUUGUAGAGAUUGAAUAGUGAUGGCAACUGAGGGGGAGGCGGUUAAAGUGGAGGGGGGGCAUGUGUCUGUGACGACGAUCAGCAUGUCCGGGCCCGAGACGAGCAAUGGUCAAUUCUCGUACAGUUCGAGCGGAGUACGGAUUAGCGUUUCCUCGGACCCCCACGACGAGGACUCGACGGACGCUGAGAUAUCGAAGAUCGACUUCUCACAACACCAGUACGAGGUAAACAUGCGUAAUAAGAAAAAGCGGUCGUCCAGCGGGCAUGAGCCAGGGGACACAGAGAGGCCCAUGUCCUGGGAGGGAGAACUGUCCGACUCCGAAAUGGUCAUAGACACCAGCGUGAACAUGAAUGACCCAUGCAGCUCACCGGACCUACAGUCGUCUCGGGACUCCAUAGACACGCUUCGCAACGUCACCAUAAAGCAGGAGCCUCUAAAAACGGAGCAGUUCCAAAGCCUGGACGAUCAACGUGUGCUGGACCUCAAGUACACGCCGAUACAGCCACAUCAGAGGAGUCUUAGUAUGAACCGGAUAUCGGUAGUAACGGAAAGCGCCCCGCUGCGUCGCCCUUCGUCUCCAGCAGCCAAAAUGGAGGCCCAGGCCAUGCCGCAACCUCCAGGGGAGAUACAGAACCUCACCAUCAAGAAGGAGAGUCGAGAGUUGUCUGAGCUAAAAUGCGAGCCUUCAGUGGGCAUGGACAAGUUGCUGGGCGCACUCCACGGCUCCCCUCUGCUGGGCAGACUGCCACGAGUCCAGUCCAGCGCCAGCACGGAUUCCGCCGUCCAUUCCAUGUACACACACAGUGUCUACAGCAGCCCAUCGGCCAGCCCGCGCGCGUCGCGGCACUACACUCCGUCUCUCUCUCGCAACAACAGCGAUGCAUCGCACUCUUCCUGUUACUCUUACAGCUCGGAGUUCUCACCCACACAUUCACCUGUCCAGGGUCGCCAUCCGCACGUCCUCUACCGGGAACAGAACCCCGUGUUCCCCGCGUCGCCGGCCGACGACGAGGACACUGGAGAAGACCGUUUACACCACCACCAGGGCAUCAGCAGGCAACAGCUCAUUAACAGCCCCUGCCCCAUAUGCGGCGACAAAAUCAGCGGUUUCCACUACGGCAUCUUCUCCUGUGAGUCCUGCAAAGGUUUCUUCAAGCGGACCGUUCAAAACAGAAAGAACUAUAUGUGUCUACGCGGCGGCAGUUGUCCUGUCACCGUGGCGACUAGGAAGAAGUGCCCGGCGUGUAGAUUCGACAAGUGCCUUGGCACUGGGAUGAAGCUGGAAGCCAUACGAGAAGAUCGAACACGAGGCGGGCGCUCCACGUACCAAUGCUCGUACACAUUAUCGGGAGCAGUAUCGACCGGGUCUCUACUAUCCGCACCCGUGCCUCCUACGCUACGCCACGCAUCAAGCCUCACUUGCGUGAACGGCCCCGGGUCGUACAGUCGAGGGGAGUCCAGCAACAGCCGACUCACGCCAGACAUUCCCCCGUUAUUGCAGGAAAUAAUGGAUGUGGAGCAUCUCUGGCAAUAUAACGAGUCGGAGCUGAACCGCCUGGGCAAGUCCACGGGCAGCCCCUCGGCCAACCCCUUACUUGCAGCCUCAGGAAUUACGGCCCAGAACUCUAGCCCAGACUUUCUGGCAGACCUGUGCAAUAUAGCUGAUCACAGACUGUACAAGAUUGUCAAGUGGUGCAAGAGCUUGCCGCUAUUUAAGAAUAUUUCGAUCGACGAUCAGAUCUGCUUGCUGAUCAACAGUUGGUGCGAAUUACUAGUUCUGUCCUGCUGCUACCGCGGCGUGGGGACCCCAGGGGAAGUGCGGGUGGGGGGAGGGAGGGGCAUCACGCUACACCAGGCUGCCAAAUUGGGUCUGACUCCGUGCAUAGAGCGCAUGCUGAGCUUCACGGACCACCUGCGGCGGUUGAGGGUCGACAGGUACGAGUACGUGGCGCUCAAGGUCAUCGUGUUGCUCACUUCAGACGCCCCAGAGCUGCGGGAAGCCGAGAAAGUCCGCGCCUCACAAGAGAAGGCGUUAGGUGCGCUCCAGGCGUACACCGCAGCACAUUCACCAGACACGCCCGCCAAGUUCGGCGAGCUGCUGCUGCGCAUACCGGAGCUGCAGCGCACCUGCCAGUUCUUCAUGCAAGUCGGCAAAGAAAUGUUAAACCCGGCAAAUAAAAGCAAAGACGGCGACGGUCCCAGCUUCAACCUGCUGAUGGAGCUGCUGCGGGGAGACCACUGAUGGUAGAUUCUGGUACUUGCUCAAUAUCGGACCCUGAAGGUGUAUGUGUGAGUUUUGGGGUUGAGAAUCGUGUGCGAUUAUUUCUAGUGUGUUUUAUGAUAUCCGAAGGUUUAGUCCACGUAUUUUUUAUCGUGCAACAUAUUUCGGAGCAAAGACAAUUUGAAAUAGGGGUAGAUUGUCGAAGUAAACUUUGUAGCCACAGUAAAUUUAUUGCCAUCUUUCGACACACGAUUAUAACUUUUAGAACGUCAUUUGACUUUGAUCCUUAUUAUUUCACUGAUAUGUGUUAAAUUUAUUUAAUAUCAAAAAGUGGCGCCAUCUAAUAGAUUAAAGGCCAAAGGUAUGGUGGCAGCGUUUCGAACGAUGGCGCCAUAACCUUUAGCCGAUGCUCGGUAAGAUGGCGCCACUUUUUGAUAUUUAAGAAAUUUAACACAUCAUUGAAAAGUUUUAAUCAUGUCUCGAAAGAUGGCAGUAAAUAAACUAUAGCUACAAAAUUUUCUUUGACAAUCCACCUCUAUUUCAAAUGCUCUUUGUUUUGGAGAGACCAGGGCCUACCAGGAAAAACGUAAUCGGAAUUUCGUUAUCUCUAUUGCUUGCAUAUUCGUGCGAUAAAGAGGCAGAUAAAAGACAUUUAGAUUUUUCGUGGUAGCGCCUCAGGGGACUUUGCAAAAAUUUCUAAGAUCGACUAACGUCAAUCGAAAGGUAAAAAUGUAUAUGUACAGAUGCGAUUAAUUAUGACGUCAUCGUUUUCCAUAAUCGAUUGUUACUUGUUUAGGCCCCAUAGGUCUCUGAGACUCGCUUUGACAGCCAGUAAUGUUCGAGUAAAACUGUAAUAGUACAUUGUGCAACGAGGGGGGUACGUGAAAUUUUGGAUUCGAGGGUGAUAAUUCUGUAAAAAUAAGUGGAAUUAAAGACCCGAGUUUGCAAUAUUCUUACCCCCGGAGUUACACACAAUGUUUUUCAUCACACUUGCGAAGAAAAAACUAAAUUUUAUGCGAAAUAAUUCUUAAACACGGUGACAUCAAACAUUCGUCCGCCAUUUUGUAAUUUCUUGAAAGGUUAAACAUCGAAGGCACAGACCUAUUCGGCAUUCAGCCACGAUUGAAAAUUAUGUAAAAAUAUUUUAAAGGGCUUUUAAAUUAAUUAUUAUUAUUAAAUUAUAAAUGUCAGUAUUUUAAAAGUAAUGCUACUUGGUUUGUAUGAAUAAGUGACAUAAUUUAAAAGAAAAGCUGUAACUCCCUAGGGAGUUAUAGCUUUGUUUUCACAAUCCAUAACUCCCGCGGGAACAAGAUAGCCCUUUGUCCUUCAGUAUACCUGCAUGAAAUAAGAACUUUUUCGAGCAAGUGUGAUGAAAAAGUAUUAAAGUGUGACUCACAAGGGUUCAAAUUUUAUUGUAGUUUAUAUGACGAUAUACAGUCUGUAUUUUUAAUAUAACCGCAAACUUAAACUAGACGUAGGUAUUAGUGCUAUAAAAUCAAAUCAAAAACAAUUUAUUUCGAACAGUGUCCAUAU